CCUUGAAAAAGCCUUACUUAAAUUGGAUUGAACUGCCUCAGUGAGAAUGUAUCUUACCAGGAUGAUGCAUAUCAACCUAUUAGGCCUAUCAAUAUCCGCUCAAAUUUCGUGUGGUAUGGUUAAGUCUUGGCCAGGUCAGAAGUGCGACGGAUCUAGUGACAUGGUUGAUUUGGAUCUGGAGUCACUGAGAAGUGACUGGAAUGAAAGUGGUUAUGGCAGCAGCAGUUUGGGACAACCAUCAAGGAUGGGAAGAUCAAAAGAGAUUCCUAAUUGUGGCUUGGAGGCUGAACCAGAUACAGGACUGUCCCUUCUUACACUCCAUCACAAGGACUUGCUUUCAACUGGACGUGAUGUGGAUAUCCCUGGAAUUGAAAAUGGAGGAUUGGAAAAUCUGAAGAAAUGUGCCUCCAAAACACUUUCUAGUAUGAGAAGUUUGAGGGCUGAAUUUUCCAACCUGAAAGAUACGGAAAGUGAAAGGAGAAAAAUAGGACAUCAUAUGGAUGAGGUUGAGAGAGCGGUAAGAAACCUGUUCCACAGAAGGAUUAUAGAGCUCCAGGACAAGCCGUACCUGUUUUUGGGCCAUAGCAAUGAGCCCAUUGCCGAUGAUAAUUACCAAGAAAUCUUCAAGAUGGCAGGAAAGGAGUGGCUCAAAACUGCUGCAAAUUUGAAAGCAUUCUCACAACUACUGGACAUUAAAGACCAUCCCAAAAGAAGAGUGAUGUUCAAAAAGUGGUGUGAUAUCAUGAUGAAGUUCUUUGUGGAUUUGAAAAAACACAAGGUUAUUCAUGCAGAGAAUCUCGCAGAGUUCCUCAACAAGGAUGACCAGGGAAAGUUCAUAGGUUUUUAUAUCUAUGAAAGGAGCUUUCCUGAGCAUCAUCUGCAUGCUGCAUAUCUCACCUUCAACAUCAGAUUGAGCUUGCAGGAGGGGUCGCCCUUGAUGAAUGCACAAUAUGUCUCAAACUCCAGUAUGCUCAAGAGCAGGGAAUCAACCAAAACAUCUACUUCAUUGAGAUUAAGGGACACUUUCAUGAGCUCGAUCCACAAAUCAAUACUCCAGAAUCACUGCAACCAAAGAUCAAGCCUUUCUUUGAAUUAUUAG